AUGCCUUUCAACAUCAUCAGCCCUUCCAGCCCACACCAAUCGAGUGUAAUGAUGGAAAAGAUGGAAAAGAAGCGCCGUGUGAGCUUUCCAGAAUCACAAGACGAGCUUGCCGCCAUCAGACUCAUUUCGAUGGCCGAAGAACUCAUGUGGAUGGACGAAGAGGAAUUCCAAGCCGUCCGUGCACAAGCGCACCGGAUCUCGAAUCAAAACAGAGACAAGGGAUUCUCCAAACUCCUGUGUCCCAAUGAAAAGCCCGACGUUGCCCAAGUCAAGCUUGAUCUUUGGGCCAAGAUGGAAAACGAGAAGAACUUGCGCGGUUUGGAACGUUAUGUCAACAGUGAACAUCGUGACUUCCGGGAUGCCAUUGUUAGACAAGCUGUUGACGCUGUCCUCCAAGCCCAACAGCAAGCCAAAGAAAAUGGCGAGCAAGUCGAUUUCACAGACUUGUUGGCUCCCAUUUCUCGCCAAUACUCCACUACCUGUGCAGAGUUUGCACAAAUGAUUGCCAAGGCGGACGCAAAAGCAGUUCACCAACGCUCCCGAUGCCGCAGCAUCAGCCCCAAGAUGUCUCGAUCUCAGCGCCCUCGCGUCACUGAAUAG